ACAUUUCAUUGAUUCUAGCUUGGCUCAUCAACGCUCUCAGAUUUUGUUGUUGUUGUCACCUCACGCUCGCGUGCUGGGAGAGACGCGUCAGUUUCGCGAUGCGUUGUUUCAUCAUGUUGUACCGAUCCAUGUCGAUUACCCGAAAUGCGCCUUGCACUUCCACCAUGUCCGGUCGACGCCUAGAAUUGUACAUGCAAAGACACGAGAAUAGCUCGGCGAAGAUACUGGAUGCAUCCAUGAUGCUGUUUUACGCCUUCACAGCAAUAGUCAUGGAAACAGGCAAGCACCAAACUAUAUAGCAGCGCGGCCUUGAUGUCGUCUUCCAGACGUGCCAUCCACAAGUGUCUCAAAUUGAACAAAGAACCUCUUCCUCUGCGGUUUAACAACCCAAAUCACUGUCUCCACCGCUCCAUUCGAGCGACGAAGAAUGUUUGCCUGGCUCUUUCGUUCCAGACCCACCCCUCUCGAGCUCGCUAUCCAGAAAGAUAACCUCGCAACGCAGAUCGCGAACCUUGAACACCAGCGCUCCCAGGCUCAGACCGAGAUCAAUGCUCUCCUGCCCGCAGCGGCCCGCGAAGCCAAUCUCACACGCGCCCAAGCGCACAAGGCCAUGCUCCUUCGCAAGCGCAUCGUCCACAUCGAUGGCUGUAUCAUAGCAGUACAAGACGCGCUCCACAGUAUCGACUCAAGAGAGACAAGCGCAGAGACGGUGGAGGCAUUGAGCGCGGCGACCAGGGUGUUGAAGGAGAUGCAGAAGGGCGAUGACUGGAUGAGGGGGGAGUUGGAGGAAUUUGAGGAGACGCGGGAUAUGGCAGAGGAGGUGAGUACACUUUUUGGGGGAAGUACAAAGGACGAAGAAGAGGACAUAGAUGUCAAGAGGGCGUUUGAGGAGAUGGAUUUGGAUAUGGAGCGAGCGGAAUAUUGGGAUAAGCAUAGCGAGCAGAUGGGUAAGAGCGGAGGGGUGCGUAUAGCAUGGAAGAAGGUGACCGGGGACAAUGGAUACGCGGCGUUUGAACAGAGGAUCGAGCAAGAUACGGAAACGGAGUAGUGGCGGGAUAGCUGGUACGGUUGAUUCAGAGUUCGGUUUCCAAACAGUCGGCAUUUCCAUUGAAACAUUUCAAACGUACAUCCUUUUGAACAUGAUGCAUUGCCCCAGUUGUUUUUUAUACUUUUGGGAGUACAGCCGGCCUCAGGCCAAGUAAACUUGUUCAAUCAAUGAUUCC